AUGACUAAUACUUGGUCUAAUGCAAAUAUUAUUGAGUUUAUUAAUGAAAUACAUUUACAUCCUGAGUUAUGGAAUGUGGAAACCGGAAUAUAUGAAGACAGAAAUGCUAAAAAAGAUGGAUGGGCAGUUAUCGCCAAAAAAUUUGGUAUAUCAAGUGAUGAGGCUAACAAAAAACUCAGAAGCUUGAGAACUUAUACAAAGAAUGAGGUGAACAAGAAGAAAACCGGUAGUGCUGGCGGUAAACUAGUGAAAUGGUUUGAUGCGAUAUCGUUUGUUCUUGCUCAGGAUGCCCAGAAUACAGGAUUGGACAGUGGAAAUGCAACAGCUAAUGGGACUGAAAUCCUAGACAAUGACAUCAGUGCUGAUCAUGAAGAAGACGUGGAUCCAGAAACAACUGACUCUUUACAAUCCUUACAUCCCGCUCCAAAACCACGUGUCUCUAAGAGAUCUAAGACUGCAGAUCUAAUUUUAGAAAGGGCUCAAAACAUUUUACAUGAUGCUGGUGAAAAAAGGAAAAAUGAAUAUGCGGCUUUUGGAGAGCAUGUAGCAAACAAGUUAAGCAAAUAUGAUGCUUAUAGCCGCUUAUUUAAAAUAACGCAAAUUCUUUUUGAUUGUGACAUGGGAAUGUACAGAAAUCAAGGUUCGUCUACAUGCACACCGUUACAGAGCCCUAAUAACGAUAGCAGAAGCGGAGCUACCACUUCACAAAGCCAAUAUUCAAACAUAUCCUAUUCAAAUUUAGUACCGCAAAAUGAUUCGCAGAACAUUUAUGUUCCUCAGUCUCAAAACUAUGCAAUGCAAACCAAACCCAGUCAACGCAAAAUACUUUUCAGCACAUUGAUCACCAGUAUCAGCACUCUCCAGAUCAAAAUGAGUUUACUACCAAUUCUGCAUACGAGGAACUUGUGGCGGUUACUGUCCACCAAACAUUUAGUGAGCGGUUGGUUCUACGACUAUAGUAUCAAGUGUCAACCUGUCGAUUAUUCAACAAAUUCGAAGGCUUUAAGGAUGGCGAAUCUUUGCUGGUGGUACUACAUUUCUAAACUCACGGAAUUUGCGGAUACGCUAUUUUUCGUUCUGAGGAAAAAGAACAGCCAAGUGACAUUCCUGCACAUGUAUCAUCACAGCUUGACUCCUGUCGAAACAUGGUUUUUAGUCAAAUUUUUCCCAGACUUGAAUAAUUUCCACAAAAGGGUAAAACGACAUGUAAAUAGCAAAUCUCAUAUAAGUGCUACAAUUAAAGAAAAACCAUUCGAUAAUAUUAAAGAUUGCAAAGUUUUCUUUUCGACGCUUAAUGGUUUGGCUUCCUUCUUUUCAAAGUCAUCGAAAAGAACUCGUGCUUUGGACAUUCACGUUCAAAAAUGGUUUCCAAAAGUUGCUCCGACGCGAUGGAACUACAAUGGACGUUUAGUGUUUCAAUACCGUGAUUCUUUGAUACACUUUUUUCAAGACGUUUGGGAUAAUAAAGAAACAUGGGAUGUUGAAACUGUUACUGCUGCUAAAGGCAUUAAAGUCCCAGUUAAGUUUUUUCCUAUAACAACUGGUUUAAAUAAGUUCCUUUGUGAAGUCGUCAAGUUGUGUGAAUUAGUACUAACGAUCCCAGCCACAAAGUUUAAGGAUAAUGAAGAAGUGUCCACAGAAGUAAUACAACUGAAAAAUAAAGUUACUGCUUUUAAAUCAGAUUGUUUUGGCCAUUUUACAGUAAUAGUAGAACUAAAAGUCAAUGGAGAAAAUAUACCGAGUCUACAUUCUAUGGAUUUGGGCAAACACCGAGUUGGAGUAAGUUUUAAUCUUCCACAUGAAGCCAAUAAAAUACUUUGUAACGAGACAUUUUUACGUGGAGGUUAUGAAAUAUACAUUCCUCAAAGGUUUUUAACUAUCAAAGGCAUUAUUAAAGAUGUAGGCUAUUCCAUUACAAGUGAAGAUAUUUUACAAAAUGCUGGCAACAAAUACAAUAUUAUAGAAGUCCGUAGAUUAAACAGAAGAAUAGUAACUUAA